GGAGGGCCCCCGGAUGCCGUUCACCUGGCUGGGCAGGACAGGAUCUUCUGAAAUGGAGGUGGUGGAUCCUUAGAACCUAGGUUCAUCCCAGAGGAGGCAAGGCUAAAGGCAGUCUCAAGGGCGGCAAGCCAUGCUUGGCAGAAGAACCGGGAACAGGCCAACCUACAUCUACCAGCCCCCUCAAGAUGCUGUGCCCCAGAGAAUUGAGACCCCUACGGCCGGCGACAUCAGCCUCGAGGUGUUCGGCGGCUCCACGCCAGAGCUCAAGCAGGGCCGCAAGCCAAUGCGGGACAGGCGAGCUUGCAAGGCCGACCCCAGAGACUCAAACGGGAGGGAAGGAGAAAAUGCCAGCUUUAUCUCCAGCGCUGCAGAGACUUCCCAGCCCCCUUGCUGCCCCGCCCUGUCUCGGGCCUGGAGCACUUACAGAACCAUCUUCUGCUAUAUCGUGACUUGCGGGGGCUGCUUUAAGGACUGCCGGGCCAGCAUCCCGUACCCUUACAACGAGACUUUGACUGAUGAUGUGAAGCCCCGGGAGUGCAAUGGGCGUUUGCCGAACAGCCCUGCCAACAGCUCCCCACCGGAAAAGAACGGGAGCCAAACCAAAAAGAGCACCAUCGGGAGCAGCUUCAGCUACCCCGACGUGAAACUGAAAGGGAUCCCGGUCUUCCAAAACCGGAGCCCCGGCUCCCGAACUGACUCCGAUUCGUGUUACAAGGAGCCCCUGCCGGAUAAGACCUCCUACAACAGCAUAGAGAAGCAACCUACUUCCAGCAGCCAUCGAAGCUCGGAGGAGUACUACUCCUUCCACGAGUCGGAUUUUGAGUUCAGCGAGCUGAGCUCCAUGUCCAGCCGGGAGAUCGACGUCCUGAUCUUCAAGAAACUGACGGAGCUGUUCAGCGUCCACCAGAUCGACGAGCUGGCCAAAUGCACUUCGGACACCGCCUUCCUGGAGAAAACCAACAAGAUCUCCGACCUCAUCAGCAGCAUCACUCAGGACUACAAUCUGGACGAACAGGAUGCUGAAUGCAGGCUGGUUCGGGGGAUCAUACGCAUCAGCACGCGGAAGAGCAGGGUCCGGCCCCGUGUUUCAGUCCCCACCCACCCCAGCCCAGAGGAGAACACGAUGCGCUGCAAUCCACCUGAUAGCGGCAACGAGACGAUGGUGGCGUCAGUGCUCACAAGUGAAGAAGAUCUGUCUGUUAAGAUUUCUCAAGAAACCACGGCAGAUAUGAAAGCCAGGGUCAUGAGGCAUGAGUUGUACAGCACGCCAGGGUCUCCACUGAGCAGGGGGUCCUCCUUCCAGGACACAGAGACGGAUUCUUCGGGGGCUCCUCUGCUUCAACAUAUUGCUGGGAGAAUGGACCUCGGGAGCACACAUACUGCAAGACCCAGCGCCUUGCCCGCCACAAGCUCCCCGUUUUGUAAAUGA